AUGGACAUCGACCCUGCACGUCCGCGCAGCGCGUUGGUCAAGAGGCUCGUUCGUCCGCGCAGUGUGCCGGCCAGGCUCGGGCGGGCACACAAUGUAGUUGUUGAUCCGAAGCUAGGGUGGUGGCUGCAUGAUGAUGGUGUUGCGCUCGCGCGGCGGCCACACGUCAAGCUCACAUGGCUGCAGAAAAGUGCCGUUGGGCUUGCGUGGCCACGCAGUAGGCUCGACACACUACCGCGCGACGUCCUCGCCCCGUUUGGUCCACCGCGCGACGUCCUCGCCCCAUUCGGUCCACCGCGCGACGUGCUUGCCUCGUUCGGUCCAAUGCAUGACACACUCGCCCCGUUUGGUCCACCGUGCGACACGCUCACCUCAUUUGCGUUUGGUCCACCGUGCGACGUGCUCGCCCUCAGGCUGUUUGGUCCACCGCGCGACUUGCUUGCCCUGUUUGGUCCACCGCGCGAUGUGCUUGCCUUGUUCGGUCCGCUGCGCAAUGCACUCGCCCCGUUUGGUCCAGCAGGCGACACCUUUGCCUCGUUUGGUCUGCUGAGCGACACGCUCGCCUCGUUUGAUCCACCCUGCGACGUGCUCGCUCCAUUUGGUCCACCCCGCAACGUGCUCGCCUUGUCCAAUCCAUCGCGCGACACGCUCACCUUUGUCCGCUUCCUCACCCGACAGUGUGCAUCUUUGUCUUCACCGUUACUGUUGCUAUCCUGGCUCAUGUGA